UCUUCCUUACUCGGUUGCGAGACCAAGCGAGCAUACCUCCGCACUUAUACUUAAAUGUGGAGAUAAACUUUCCUUUUCUCUAAUCUUUAAGGGCUUUUGUUAUAGAAAACACUAUUCAAAGUACCAUCACGUACAUUAUGUUACUCAAACUAUAAUUGCUGGAACAUGGAUAAAGGAAAUUAGUACGAUAACUUAAUUCCGACACAUGAAUCUAAGGGAAUUUUAGGCUAAUAGCUAGCUGGCGAGCUGGAUGACCGAGUGUUUUUAGUCCUUAUUGUGCUUUUUUUCUUGCAGGAAGUAACGGCGCAAAACUUUGCAGUUUCGCCUUCGAAAAUCUAUUUGAACUGGAAAUAUGAAAAAACCACGUCUGGAUUUUAAUGGAUGAUUUUCACGUCUGUUCCGUUUUUUUCCCUCUGCGUGGUUUGUUGUGAAUAUAACUCGGAAUCGCACAGGGAGCGUGAGUGCCGUUGUUGGACCGUUGAUACUCUCAAACUCGCUGCUAAGACGCGCGGGGUAUAACUUACGUUGCAAAUCUGUUUGCAAAUGGUGCAUACUAGCUAUUCAGAUUCUCAACGGUUAUUUGAUGGCUUGAUUGAAAAUGGAUCUAGAUUUAGACAUGGGAAAUUUGGAGUUUUGUGCCAUGCAGUUUAAAUCGAGGAUUUGAAAUCGUGGAAGCUGAGAAUAUACGAAAGUUCAGGAGUUUUACCUAAGAGAGCUGCAUGAUAUUUUCUUCGUCUGUUCACGUGCAACGGAUUGCAAAUUUAUCAACAUUUCAGACCUCUGGAUUACGAUCAUUUCUUUUACAAGAUGCCACAACUUAACGGAGGCGGCGGAGACGAUUUGGGAGCGAAUGAUGAACUAAUUUCCUUCAAAGACGAAGGAGAACAGGAGAAAAUAUCAGAAAACGUUUCGGCUGAGGGGGAUUUGGACGACGUGAAAUCCUCUUUGGUAAACGAAUCGGAAAUCAACAGCAGCGCCUCUGAUUCUGAGCAAACUGAGAGGCGCCCUCAACCAAGAUCAGUCCUAGAAAGUUACGAGAAGCAGAGAGAGUACUAUGCCGAAGCAUUAAGAAGACAGCAAGAUGGAGGCUUUUUUAAGAGCCCCCACUAUCCUGGCUACCCGUUUCUAAUGAUCCCGGACCUAACCAACCACUACCUAUCCAACGGGUCCCUGUCUCCCAGCACUAGAACGUUCCUCCAGAUGAAGUGGCCUCUUCUGGACCUUCCGACACCCCCAACCCUCAAGGACUCCAGAUCCCCCACCCACGGACACCUGUCCAACAAGGUUCCGGUGGUGCAGCACGCCCCCCACAUGCACCCCCUGACGCCCCUCAUCUCCUACAGCAACGACCGCUUCUCCCCCACCAGCCCCCCCUCGCACCUCUCCCCGGAGAUCCUGGACCCGAAAACAGGUAUUCCGCGGACCCCUCACCCCUCGGAGCUCUCGCCGUACUACCCCCUCUCGCCUGGGGCGGUCGGGCAGAUCCCUCACCCCCUGGGCUGGCUGGUGCCGCAACAGGGGCAGCCCGUGUACUCUCUCCCUGGGGGUGGCUUUAGGAGCCCCUAUCCUGCGCUCGCCAUGAACGCGUCCAUGUCCAGUCUGGUGUCCAACCGCUUCUCCCCCCACAUGGUGCCCCACCCGCACCACGGCCUGCACCAGACGGGGAUCCCCCACCCCGCCAUCGUCUCCCCGGCCGUCAAGCAGGAGCCCAACGGCGACGGCGUCGGACACUCCGCUCACACGAAGUCCUCGGGGUCAGCGAAGAGGGAAGAAGAGAAGAAGCCCCACGUUAAGAAGCCAUUGAACGCCUUCAUGCUCUACAUGAAGGAGAUGAGGGCCAAGGUGGUGGCCGAGUGCACUCUGAAGGAGAGCGCUGCCAUCAACCAGAUCCUGGGCAGGAGGUGGCACUCUCUGACGAGGGAGGAGCAGGCCAAGUACUACGAGCUGGCGAGGAAAGAGAGACAGCUGCACUCCCAGCUCUACCCGGGCUGGUCAGCACGGGAUAACUAUGGAAAACGGAAGAAGAGGAAGCGAGACGGUAAAAGGCCUGACUUAACAGAAGACGUGAUCCUGUGUCAGAGCAAGAGGCCGUUCGUGCCGCACAUGCCCCCGGAGAAGCCGUGCGCCAGCCCCGCCUCCUCCCACGGCUCCAUGCUGGACUCCCCCGCCACGCCCACGGCGGCCCUGGCCUCCCCGGGCGCGCCCGCCCCCACCCACUCCGAGCAGGCCCAGCCCCUCUCCCUCACCACCCGGCCCGAGGGCCGCCCGCGUCCCCCCUUCCCCCUGCUGAGCAGGGCCUCCGCGGCCCCCCCCCCCUCCUCCUCCUCCUCCUCCACCUCCUCCCUCUCCCCCUGCUCUUCCUCAGCAGCCUCUCCGCCCGGCGUCUCCCUCCACCGGACCACGCCCCUCCUCCUCUCCCGCCCGAUGGCCUUCUCCUCCCUGCCGCCCUCCAUGCUGUCUCCGCCCACCUCGCUCCACUCGGCAGCGCAUUCCCAUCAUGCCCUGUUUCAGUCUCAGCCCCUCUCCUUGGUUACCAAAUCGACUGACUAAAUAGCGAAAUUCAAAAAAAGAGCGGUUUGGUUUUUUCCCCCGUUUUUAAUGCUGUAUAUUGCUUUGUACCUCAUUUUUAUAUAGGUGCUAGACCAAGUUUUUUUUUUUUUUUACAAAUGUAUAUGAAAAAGGAAAAAAAAAAUUGGUCAAUAUUUGACCACCACCUCUUGUAUUUGGCUUCUCUCUGAAACUAAGUGUAUUUUUGUAAAGUUUUAUUAAAGAACUGGUUACUUUUCUCAUACUAAUUUCUCUAAUGUGCUACUUACAAAACAAAAAUGUAUAAAAUAUUUCCUUUUUUUUAAAAAGAAAGUAAAAACAAUAUACAGUUUUUUUUUUUUAGUUGAAACCUGACUAAUGAUGCUAGUUUUGAGUUUAUUACCCACUACUGCUCAUCCCUUCUCAGUGUGAGCUGUGAAACACUAGUAAAAACCCCUGAACGCUCACUCCUUCUGUCCAGAGGAUUGCAGGGAUGAAACUUCACAGCCCAAAAACACUCCACUCAGGACACCAUUGUGGUUCGGGAGACUGAACAAACGGUCCAAAAUGGCCGCCACAUCAGCUAGUCGCAACGCUCGACUGUUUGACCAAAGGCAAAUAAACAGCAGGCCUUAACUUCUCGGGUAGCUGUGCUGGACCCCCUCCAUCACUGUCAGCUGGAACUAAAAAAUCUCUGCACCUGUUUCCCUGGGGGACACAGUUUAGAGCGCCCCCCCCAGAAGGACAGUAGUUGUGCCAAAGAUAAGUAGAUCAUAGUAUGCCUUGUUCUUCAAUGGGAAGAGAUUGCCACGCACAGCUGUUAUUGAACACUAAUGCUUAAUACUUUGCCAGUAGGUUUAGAAAAUCUUGCGUUUUUGGGAGGAUGGAGCUGAUUGGCUGUGCUGUCGGGAAGAUGGCACUGGUUGGAUUUCCUCUGGGAAAUUUGCCUCUCAGAAAACCCACAUCCUGAUCUGUCCCAUUUUAUCUUUCACGUUUUCUAAGUUUUGUAUUUUUUUAUUGUGAAAAUCUUGUUCUCAAGUUCUAUUAAACCGUGAAAUUAAAAUAUAAAAGUUUGAAAGUU